AUGGCUGGUCUCUUCGCGCCAGACCCUGUCCUGCUGCAUGCACGUUUACGGCCGGCCAGCCUGGCCUGCAUCGAUCUCGCAACCAACCGAAGAUGGACGUAUGCGGAACUCAACUCCGACAUACAGCGCGCAAUCACAGUCUUGUCCGCAUACGCCGUCGAGGCCGGUGACAGGGUUGCCACCGUGUGCAUCAACAGCGUUCAUCAGAUCAUACUUCAACAGGCCUUGAUGAGGCUUGGAGCCAUCUUCGUUCCCCUCAAUUGGCGCCUGGCCCAGCCCGAGCUUUCUAAGCUGUUGGAUGACUGCACGCCAACAAUCAUUUUUACAGAUCGAGACCCACCCGCGCUACCUCUUGACUGCCGCCACAUUGAAUUUUCUAGAUUCUGUGAGGAGGUCGAUAAUGCAGACCCCAAACACCGACUCCAAUCAAGGUCGUCACAGCAGACGAGCAUUAUUCUUUACACUUCUGGAACGUCGGGCACGCCGAAGGGUGUGAUUCUGACUGCUCAGUCCAUACUGGCUACCACUGUCGACUUCAGCGUUUUGACAGAAGCCGAUACGGGAUGCGUCUUCCUCUGUGACGGGCCGAUGUUCCAUUUCAUGGGUCUCAUUGCGCAGAUCUGGCCGCCUCUAAUGCGAGGCGGCACGCUGCUCGUGUCCCCGAGAUUCAACCCUGAAGCGACCAAUCGCCGUCUGAGUGAUCCUCAACUUGGAAUCACACAUUACUUCUGUGUCCCUCAGAUGGCGGAGGCGCUAAGUAGAGCAGUCAACUUUGACCCAUCAGCAUGGCUCACCCUCAAAGCCCUCUUCACGGGAGGUGCUCCCAACCCCCCGGCGCGCAUCAAGUGGUGGCUUGACCAAGGCAUUUGUAUGGUUGAUGGGUAUGGUUCAACAGAGAUGGGAACGAUAUCUGGUAUGCCGCUUUCUCCCGAGAUGAUCAUCAAGAAAGCUGGCUCUGUGGGUCAUCCAGGUCCGUUGACUUCUAUUCGCGUUGUUGAUGACGAGGGUGAGCCACUACCACCAAGGGCCAUGGGAGAGGUUCUCGUAUCUAGGGAUUUCUCAACUCCGAUUUACUGGAACAAUGUGGAAGAAGAUAUCGCGAGUUUGACACCAGAUGGAUGGUUCCGGACAGGUGACCUUGGAUGGGUAGACGAGGAUGGCUUCAUUUUUCUUGUCGAUAGGCGGAAACACAUGUUCAUCUCUGGAGGUGAGAAUGUCUACCCAGCGGAGGUUGAGACGGUUCUGAUUGAGCAUCCCGAUAUUUUGGAGGCCUCUGUGGUUGGAGUUCCUGAUGAGACUUGGGGUGAAGCUGGGCGGGCGUAUGUUGUCACCUCGUCUGGAUCUGGAGUCCUCCAUACGGACAUGGUUAUGCAUUGCCAAUCUCGCAUUGCGCGAUUCAAGAUACCAAAGGAGUUCAUUUUCGUGAACGGACUACCGAGGACAGGGUCUGGAAAGGUUAUGAAGUACCUUCUUAGCGAAGAUACUGUAUCUAGACUCUAA